AGAAAGAACCAAUGCAGCGUAACAGAUAUAAACACCAACACAUUUUAAUCUUGAAUUUCAUGAUCUCAAAAGUUCUGGAAUUUGUUUUUAAGAUAACAGUGAUAUAACACACAAGUGAGUGUGAUUGAAAAUGAAAUACACCCAGAUGUGAUGAUAUUCGGCAUCAUUUGUGUUACGAGAAUUAAGCAAUCGGCGAAUUCACAAUUUGUGUGUAACGAGUUAUUUAAGUUUACCUUUAGUUUUUUGUUAAUUUUUAAUUGAAAAUAAAGCUAUAUUAUACAUAUUUUCACAAUUUACCGACAUUUACUGACAGCUUUAAAUUUGCUAGUCUAUCCCAGUUGGAAAGUAAAGUAAAACGAUGACACACUGAGUGCAGCCCUGCGUGAAAAUAUUUUUUCGAAGCAACAAAUUGCCAUCGCUGAUCAGAUUAUUCGAAAAUUUCGACGAGUGUGGUUGAUUUUAUUGAAAGUGGUGUUUGUGUGUAAAAUAUUUGAUAUAUAUCUGCCCCUGAUGGAAAUAAAAUCUAAUUAAAUAUAGAAGAAUCGUGUAAAAAUUAACAAAUAUUUCAUAUUAGUUAGAAGUCUUCCUGACAAUUACAGGCAAACAUGUUAAUACACUGCUGCCGUCUGUCUGCCGCCAAACGGCUGAUGGCUCUACUAUUUGCCACAUUAUUUGCCUGCAGUAGCAUUUUAAGCGUUGAAGCGCAACUCGCUGGUAAACUCAUACAAGAUCCAUGUGUGAACAAGGCAUCCUGUCAUGAAUGCAUACAAACACAAAAUUGCGCUUGGUGCAUGCAACCGGAUUUUGGAGAUUUGCCACGUUGUUUUAAAAAUAGCAUACAAAAUUAUUGCAAAGAAGAGUUCACCUGGAACCCAUUUACAGAGCAAAAAUUUACUAUCAAUCGUGAAUUGACACGUGGUGGUAAUAGCAGCGUCGCCGCUGGUUACGGUUACGGUUAUGGUGGCUCAUACGAAGCGAGUUCAUCAUAUAGUGGUAGCUCAUCGUCCAGUUCGUCCUACUCCGGCGCUUAUGGUAGUGCAGCCUCCGCUGGUGCUUCAGCUUCUAGUGGGGAAAUUGUGCAAAUCAGCCCACAACGUGUUAGCCUCAAGUUGCGCAUAAAUCAAUUGCACUCGUUAAAUAUGCGCUACUCGCAAGCUAUUGAUUAUCCCGUCGACUUAUACUAUUUGAUGGACUUGUCCAAAUCUAUGGAGGAUGAUAAGGAUAAACUGUCGGCUUUAGGCGAUAAGCUAUCAGAAACUAUGCGUAAUAUUACUUCGAAUUUCCGUUUGGGCUUUGGUUCGUUUGUGGACAAGGUACUAAUGCCCUACGUUUCAACUAUACCCAAAAAACUUGAAAGGCCCUGCGAAGGCUGUGAGGCACCGUACGGUUACCGCAACCACAUGCCUCUGAGUACAAAUACCUCAACGUUCACUUCUGAAGUGAGUCGUGCUGCUGUGUCCGGUAAUUUGGAUGCACCUGAGGGCGGUUUUGAUGCUAUCAUGCAGGCGAUUGUUUGCCGCCAGCAAAUCGGUUGGCGCGAAAAAGCGCGUCGUUUGCUUGUCUUCUCAACGGAUGCUGGUUUCCAUUAUGCCGGUGAUGGCAAGCUUGGCGGCGUGAUUGCACCCAACGAUGGCGAAUGUCAUUUGGGCAGCGAAGGCCUCUACACACACUCCAAAAUUCAAGAUUACCCGAGCAUCUCACAAAUCAAUCACAAGGUCAAGCAGAAUUCAAUUAACGUCAUAUUCGCAGUUACCGCUAAUCAGCAUUCGGUAUAUGAAAAGCUAGCGCAGCAUAUUGAAGGUUCUUCAAGCGCGGUGCUGUCGGAAGAUUCCUCGAACGUUGUCGAUUUGGUGCGCUCUGAAUAUAGCAAAAUUUCCUCUUCCAUUGAAAUGAAGGACAACGCCACAAGCAAUGUAAAAAUCACCUAUCACUCAGCCUGUCUAAAUGGCGGCGCAGAAAUACCUACAGCCAAGUGUGACGGUCUUAAAGUUGGCGAUGUGGUUAAUUUCACUGCACAAAUUUUAGUCACCUCCUGUCCAACGGAUCCGCGUGAAUGGAAUCAAGUCAUACAAAUCUAUCCUGUGGGCAUUAAUGAGAGUCUGGUUAUCGAUUUGGAAAUGCUUUGCUCCUGUCCAUGCGAACGUCCCGGCACCACCGGCUAUGAAGCGCACUCACCCAAGUGCAACAAUCACGGUACACUAAUGUGUGGCAUCUGCGAGUGUGAUGAUAUGCAUUUCGGUCACAAUUGUGAGUGUUCAACGAGUGAUGUGCAUACUGGCAGUGACAAAGAUUUAGUUUGUCGUGCGGACAAUACCACACAAGUGGAUUGUAAUAACCGUGGCACUUGCCUGUGUGGUGUGUGCGAAUGUGAGAAACGUUCCAGUCCCGAGGAAAUUAUUUCAGGCAAAUUCUGUGAGUGUGAUAACUUCUCGUGUGAACGUCGUAAGAAUGUGCUGUGCUCUGGACCUGAUCAUGGCACAUGCGAGUGUAGUCACUGUGUUUGCAAGCCAGGUUGGACGGGUUCGGCAUGUGAUUGCCGUGAAUCGACUGACACCUGCAUGACACCAAAUGGCGGUGAACUUUGUUCGGGACAUGGUGAUUGUGAAUGUGGUGUUUGCAAAUGUAAAUCUACGGAAGAAGGUCGUUACUCCGGUAAAUACUGUGAGAAGUGUCCCACAUGCGCGGGUCGUUGCCACGAACUGAAAGACUGUGUACAAUGUCAAAUGUACAAGACCGGUCCAUUGAAGGAUGAAAAGGAUUGUGCCGCCAAUUGCAGCAACACUUUUGUGCCCAUUGGCGAGGAAAAAAUCGUUAUUGAUGAGGAGAAGGAUGAAUUGCUUUGCAUAUUCUAUGACGAGGAUGACUGCAAAUUUACAUUCAAAUAUAGCGAAGUGAACGAUAAAAUCGAAGUGCAUGCACAGCAGGAGCGUGAAUGUCCACCGAAGGUGUUCAUGUUGGGCAUUGUCUUGGGCGUUAUAGCUGCCAUCGUCUUAGUCGGUUUGGCCAUAUUGCUUUUGUGGAAAUUAUUGACGACCAUACACGAUCGCCGGGAGUUUGCACGUUUCGAGAAGGAGCGUAUGAACGCCAAGUGGGAUACGGGCGAGAAUCCAAUCUACAAGCAAGCCACAUCUACUUUCAAGAACCCAAUGUACGCCGGUCAGUAAGCUGCACCACUGGCGCAGAGCCGAUAACUGCACCACAAAAUAAUUAAUUUGCUUAGGCAAAGUUGCAUUGUUUGGGUUACGAAUUUCUCUCUAAUUGCCAUACAGUAAAAGAAGUUUAUAUCAGGAGCUGCGUAUUUCUAUGUGAAAAGUGAAACAUAUUUUAAAAUAAGACAAAAACAUAAAACUAAAUGUAUAACCUUAUGUAACCUUAUGUGUGCGAGCAACAGCUGCUUAUGACGCUGUGCAAACAAGACUAGUAUUGAACUGAAAUUUUUAUUAGUAACAAAAAAAAUAUGGCUUAAGCUUUGGUAGACAGUCGAAAUUUCAAUAAUUUUUGGAUAGUAUAGAAAUGCACUUAGUUGUUGUUGUUGUGUGCUACCGUUUGCAUAAUGAGGAUCAUUUUCAACCGUAUACUGCCAUUAAUAUAUACAUAUACAAACAUAUAUACACAUUUUAAGCAGCAAUGGCGAUAACUUAGCGAGAAGAAAUGCAUGUGCCUUGAAAAUGAUAUACAGUUUAGAUAUAUACACAUAUUAGUUUACAAACGAAUAUAUUUUAUACUUUUGAGUUUCACAUACAUACAUAUGUUCAGACACAAACUUCAGACAGCCAAACAAAUAUAUAAAUAUGCAUAUAAUGUUAGCGUCGUAAGGGAGUAAAAUUUUUUGUGGUAGCUCUUUCCAACCUAAAAAAAAAAAACAAAAAUAUGAGUAUCACAUGUAAGCAUUGCCUAUUUGCGUGAAAAGAGAUAUUGUUAUAGAGAUAUAGCGAAAAUCCAAUUUGUAACUGUUAACGAAGCACAAAACGAAUAAAAAAUAUUUAAGGUUUUUUGUAAACAAAUUUAUACUACUACAAAUGUGCCUACUAAACCUACAUAAAUUUUUUACUCAAAGUCAGAUGGUAUAUUUAUAAUGAAAAUUUAAGUGAGUAAUUUAUUAUCAAAAACAACAGCAAAAUAGCAUACAAAUACAGACUAUAUAGAACAAAUGAGGGAACUGAGUACUUUUCGGAAGUCAAGUACUUUUUUUUUUUAAGCAGCGUAUUUAAAUUUAUUUUUUGUAUUAAAACAAAUAUAUUAACAUAGUUUAUAAGUAUAUAAUGUAGUUGGUAUAUUAAAUUAAACAACGCAAUAUGUAAGUAGCUGUUCCGAGUACGCCAAAUUGACACAUCAAGCAAUUAUUGUAAUGUACGUUUGUACAUUUUUCGUUAUUUAAUAAUUUGUAAGACAAAAAUAAACCAAAAUUGCAAAAAGUCCAAAAAGUAAAAUUUUUUUUUUACAAAAUAACUUAAAAAGUUGAAAACACAAGACUACUUUUAGCGGGUUUUCAUAAGAUUUUGUAAUUUUUUGUUUUAAUUGUAUUUAAUUUUUUUUUUGUGUUUCAACAAUUUUCUAACAGAAUUUCUGCUAUUUUGUACUUUCUAAUUUUUGCAUUAUUCUAGCGAAUUGUGGUAAUUUUGUACGAAGUUUCUGAGCGUUGCACCGUUACUUACAUGCAAUUAAUCAAGAUUUUAUUUUUUAAUGACUCUUUUAAUUAACAUUAA